AUUUAUAUUUUGAGCGUAAAGUGCGUGAGUAAAAAAUGUUUUGGGGUCUCAGCUCGGCACUGGAUUUAUGCCAGGAAUAUAGAAAGGCUUUUAAGCUGCCGGAUGAGCCUAGUGCUAUGGAAUUGGAAGCGCAGCCAGCCACACUCAAUAUAAUCAUCUGUGGUGGAGCUGAUCCACGACAUGUAAUCAAAACGCUGGCCAAGCGCUACACCCAUACCUAUAAGCCCAAGUUGAAUAUUUAUGUGCUGGAUGCCUGUGUGGAGAUUUUGGCCAGGAAUAUGCUGCUCCUAGGCUUGGCACUAGAGCCAGCAGAAUCCUUUAGUUUAGUAUGCAAGGCACAUCUGUUUAUGGACAUCUAUGGCAACACACUAAUGCGUCCCAGCUCGCAUCAUUAUGUGGCCGCAAAGGCGCGCACUCUUCUCAACAUGAUCUGCGAUGCGGAGCAGCUACAACGCUUGGCGCCGAUGCUCAACAUUGAUGCACUAAAGUACAAGGAACGCGAUGGCCUCGAGAUGGCCUUUAGCUACUGGCAGCCACAACAUGAAGCGUACGAGAUUCAACGUUACUGGGAGCAACGUGUGCGUCGUAUUUUGGGCACACGAUAUGAUCAUCGACAGGGCGUCUUCGACUGGGAUCUGAGUAUGACACUGAAAGAUCGCGAAGCGCAACAGAUUUGUUCGCAGGAGUAUCGACAUUGGCGUGAAACGGGUGUUGCCUUUGUCUUUCCGGAGUACGAGCACUGCAAGCCGAAUAAGACUCUGGCAGCUGGACUACAGCGCAAUGGACGCACCUAUCUGCAUCGUGGUUAUUUGGGCGACAUCCAAACGGGUCCCUUCUGUGGCUUUGGGCUACGGACCACCGAAGAGCGCAUGCAUAAUUCGGUGCAUGGAGAGAACGACUAUCGUGCCACAGAUGUCACCGAACGCAAUCUCUUGGAGCUAUUCCAUGAGCUGCUCACACAGACAGCCUAUGAGCACGACAAGACCAUCUCCCGGCGGUAUGGAUCCACACAACUGCUAAUGACGCCGCUGCUCACCUACAAUGAGUGUGAUAUGAACGAUGGGCAGAGGAGCUAUGAUAAGCCCUGUAUCCAAGUUCCAGAUGUCCAACUGCACUUCAUCUCGCCGAUGGAAAUAAUGGAGCUGCAAAAGGGCGCUCCACGUUGGCAAAACUAUUUCGAUAUCGCUUUUGUGGCCUACAAUUAUUAUAACUUCUUGAGCAACGAGUUUUUUGGCGCUCUGCGCGCACAGUCUCUCUUUGUACUGGAGACAAAACUGCUGACCGUGGAGCGCAAGGAAAACGUACAAAAGUUUGAGACGGCUGCUAAGGAAUUGCUAAAGCAGGCUGGUUUACGACCCUGCCUCAAUUAUCAAUCAAUUAAUGUCAAAAAUAUGCAGCUUAAAUACAAAAAGAUGCGAGACGUAGCUGGAGAUGGGAACGAUGAAUUUCCAGAUGAACCAAUUGAGUUAAAGGAGGGAUAUUCAAACGAAAUUAGAGAAGAGAUUCGAGACAAAGAAAAUUCAGAUAUGAAAGAUGCAAGAAAUGAAGAUCAAGAGAACGCAGGGAAAUUGCAGUUAAACGAUAAUGAAUGCAAGGACGCACAACACAAGCAUCAGGGAGGCCUACAGAAAAUGACGAACUCACAGGAUCAAGCGGUGAAGCAACCGAAUUCGCCAUUAAAUAUAAAUGCGAAUGAAUACCACGACGAUCAGUCACAAGAGAUAUUAAAAAACGGACAGGAGCUAAAAGAACAGGAGACUGAACAGCAGAAUAUACAACCAACUAUUAAUGAUAAAUAAUUACAGUUUGAAUCAGAGCAAGAGCAAAACGAAGACACCAAGAACACGAGCUGAAGGAAAACAAAAGAUAUUGCAACCGAAUACAAAUAAUGAGAUUGAACGACAGAAAAGCAAUCAAAUACAAAUAGAAAUAGGAGCUGAAUAAACUUGAAGAUGAGAAAUUAUCCGUGGACCCGCUAUAGUAUAACGAAGACGACCAUCAGUUGAAGGUGUUUAAAGAAAAUAAAUAAUUCGAGGACCUAAACACACAAGAGUAAAGACAAGACCAACUGCUGAGAGAUCACAUAUCUAAUCAACAAAAAAUGCAAUCUCGAUAGGUCAUCAUUUACAGGAUGCACACCCCAAAUGGUUCCAUGUUUGUUACUAAUUUACAUUUCUGUUCAAACAAUACCUUGUCUUUAUUAAAUUAACUUAUCCAGGAAUCAAUUAACUA